GGGGCACGGGGCCGCCCUCCCCCGGCCGCCUCCGGCUGCGCGCCCGGGGAGCGCCUCUGGCGCGGCCACAGCCAUUUUGUUGUCCGAGCGCUGCCCGGGCCGUGGUCGUGUGUUGGCAAAUGGUUUUCGUGGUGCUGGGGUGUGGGGCUGCGGUGCGGCACUCGGGAGAGCUCUCGGUCCCGGCCCUCUCAGGUAGUGCCGAGGUCUCGUCUCGCUGCCUGCAAGCCACGGGACCUACGCGUGCUUCUUGUUCUAGGCCUGUGUCAUUGUUGGCUCAUUGCUUCACUGAGGUAAGAAUAGAAAAUGCGCAUCUGUGAAAAACACACACCCGUGGAAAAUAUUUGACUCGAUAAAUCUGAUUCACAUAAAGGAAUUACAGCAUUAACCUGCUGCUCACACCUGUAAAGCCACAGACAAACACUGCUAAAGGUUUGGUCGCAUUUGAGCAGCCCUGCUGAGGACACACGUAGCAUCACUCCUGCUGCUGGUCAGGGCUGCGGGCAGUGAGGUGCCCAGCCCUAUGUCUGGGGGUGCUGAGGACCUCCUGCCAUCCCUUCCCCACUACCUACCCCCUCCCCCUCCCCAGCUAAGUUAAGGCCCUUUGUCACCAUUUCCAUUCCAACUCACUGUGGGUUAUGGAACAAUGCUGAAGCAGAGCAUACAAUUACUCUAGACUAAAACAUAAAAUAGCAUGUAGCACUGGCUUAAGGGUUGCAGCAGUGGCCAGAGGGACAGGACAAGAGCUGCUGCAGGCAGCAAAGCAGCCUGGAGAAGGGUAUGCGGUACUAUAACCUAAAACAGAUUUAAGUACUUUUCUUACUAUUUUAUGGAGACUGAGCUCUUGCAGCACCAAAAUGGAUAAAUAUUUUGGGCAAAGAACAAAUGCCCUUUGCCUCAUGUAUGCUGUUAACAGACAGUAGUAGAUACAGACAGCAUUCACACUCCACCUCUUCCAAAAAGUGGCUGGAAUACACAAGCCCCAUCACUAAUAUCUGGAGGCAAGCCUAAACUCUUUCAUACCAUAUGGCCUGGCCAGAGUGCCUCCAGUCAUGUAACACUAGCUGCAAGAAAUGACAGGAACACAAUUAAAACAAUCAAAGAAGCAGAGAGCUCGCCAAUGUAUGCCUCAAAAGAAAACCAGUCAAUCGUAGCAGGCUUGUUAGCAACCAGUGUGGAGAAGGCAUGAGGUGUACAACCUUAGAUACAUUGCACAUGGAACUUCCAGCAGCAGGAAGAGUGGUUGUGCCAUGAUAGGAAGCCCUGGUGAGAUGUAUCCUGGAAUAUUAGGUACGAUUCUAGUCAGCAGUUUAAAUUAACCUUCUAACAAAAAAAGGUAUAGAAGCCUUAUCAGAAUGAUCAGAAGAAUGAGAAGUCUAUCAUAUGAAAAGAUCCUGACUUAGUCUAGCAAAAUUCAUCUGGAAAUGGGUAUGAUUUAUACUUUUAAUUAUAAGAGCACAUAAUCAGCAACAGCGAAGAAAAAUAAAAAGAACAAAUAGGCAUAAACUGCUUAUGAUGAGGUUGAAAAUUGGAAGGUUUCCAUUAAUGAAUGAGCUAUAGAACAGUUACACGGAAAAGCAAGAGACUGGACUUGACAACUCUGAAUAAAAAUAUUCCUGUUUUUCAAUUUUCAUUAAACAAUCAUUACAAUGCUCGAAUAUUUCCUGAUUUCUUAAUACUUGCAAAGCACCCAGCUGUUUUUGUUCCUGGCGAUGGAAAUAAGCACCUGUUUGAAAGUAAAAUACCUCACAGCCCUGAUUUCAGUAGCAUAUUACAAUGAGAAAAAAAUAAAUCUUAAUCUGUGUUCAUAACAUAUGCAACUUCAGUUGGGAAUAGCACGAUGGGAUUCCUUGAGAGUAGUGAUAAAUGACACAAAGUUAAUGGUCACCCAUGUUUGGCAUUUGUGCUUGAACUGACAGCAAGGUGGUUGAGCAAAAGUCUUUGACAACAGCCAGAUAGAUUUGUAAUUAAAGAAAUUACACUGCGCAGCCUUAUGCGGUAAUGUUCUGUGAACACAAAAUAUACAUAUCUGGAGAGAAGAUUCAGAAGAAAGAUGUGAGCGCCCAGGAAAUUCCCACACUGAAAACCAGCAGGGAUCUCAGGGAAGUACAUACGGCCAAACAUCUAACUAAUAUUAAACACUGCCACAGGAUACGCAAGCAAUAAAGCAGCUCCUAACCACAUAGCUGAGAAAAAGGGGAGGGGGCAGGGGGAAGCUAUUUAAUACAAGCUGCCACAAACCAAGCAAAAGAAGUGAAGAAACUUUCCAACUUUAACACAUGGCACUAAUCUACAUGCUGCUCGCCGUGACAUGCUGCAGAUCUACAGUCUAGGCUCUUAACAGAAACAGACCAUACGAAAGAAAAUUAGCAUAAAAUCAAAGAUGCAAGAUGCACCGAUUCCUUCUUAAAAAGAAACAAUCCAAUGAUUUACAGUUUGAGGGAAACAUUUCCAAAGCCCUCCCCAAGGAAUUCUUACUCCUCCCUACCAUAUGUGUUCAAGAACAACAUUAUCGUUAAACAAAUGAUUCCUCAAUCAUCAGAACGGUUAUGUCUGACCUUCCAACGAUCACCAUCUUUUGUUUGGAAAGUGCAAGUUCUGCUUUGAUUAAGUCUACGCUUCCUUUGUGUUCUGCACCAAGGGAUGAACCCCAUCCCCAGGUAAACUGCAGGUGGAUCUGUCUCCAUUGGCUUGUAGGAUGCCAGCCCUGAAGCUGCAGAAAAGCAGCCUCUGGUCUAGGGAAUGCUACUUCACUGUAAGACUGAAAGACAGUGUGUGCAGCGUGGACGGCAGUGCAGCAAAAUAGGAAGAUGGGCGACCUGGCAGUAGAGAAGCUUUUCCUGUGGUGAAUUUGAACUUGGGCUGCAGCUUUACAAUGAAAAGUGUGUUCAGAUGCUUUCUUCUUUCCUCAUCCUGGUAUCUGCUUUCAAAGCAUUUGUAGAAGGACAAUUGUAUUGAAGACUUUUACUUGUCUUCCAAAUUAGUAUCAAUAAUGAAUCCAAAAGUUAUGGAUGGAAAAGAAAGAAGAGAGGGAGAGGCACAAACAUUUUAUCACUGGAGACUUAUUUCCAUAGGAAACAAGUAAAGAAAACAUACAUGAAAGUGCAGAUGAAACAUCCUCCACCUUUCUUUUCCACCAUCAGUACAAAAGUUAAAUUCUGUGACCUUGAACAAAUCACUCUGCCACAAAAAAACAGUCAGUCAGGAAAGGUGUUUCUGUCCCUUCCCAGUCCCUGUGGAAUUAUAUGUUUGUUUCAGCUUCAAAGAAGGGGCUUUCUCUUACUAUGUGUUCUUCAGAGUUUAAUAUAAUGCAGCCUUUAUCUCGGUAGCUGCCUCUAAAUACUGCAGCAAUCUAAUCAUUACACGGAGCUUAAAGAGAAAAUUGUAAGCAAAUUAAGGCCUUUAAGUAACAAGCAUCAAAAUACCGAUGAAACCUUAAUACAAAUCUUCUUCAUCCAUGUAUCACUGAUCUAUAAUAUUACAAACUGCAAAUGCAAGCUUUCUACUAAGCAAGCAGGCAAUAAAAGUCAUAUGUUUCUAUAUAGACUUAAUAGAAUCGAAAACUUGGGCUUUGUAAAAUCACAGGAAAAGUUAUGGCAGUGAGAAGAAAUCCAAAGUUGUGACCCAAUCUUUGGUUUAUAUGGAGAUCAGUUCAACAUUUCUAUAAUUUUCAGUAUCUAAAUGGUAAGAGAAAGCAAAACAGAACAGCAGUUCUCACAUGUGGCUGUCAGAAACAUCACAUGUAAUCACUAUGUGCAAAUAAAUAAUGACAUGAUUGCAUUUCAGCUCUGCUAUCAUAUAUUGAGAAAAUACCAUGAGGUUGCUGAAGCUGUGUGUGCAGUCACAACAGCAACAACAAUUUGUGAACCUCUGCUUUAAAUCUUGUAUACCUGACAAUGAGUGCACCAGAUGGCUUUAAACUGGCUACAAAACUAUUACAAAAAAAAACAGCUGGAUAAGGCUUCACUAUCAUAACAAGAUUAUAAACAUAUGAUGUUCUUGUGACAAAAUCAUUAUGAUUUAAGCAGCUUGGCAAGAGAUUCAUUAGUACUUCUCAGAAUCCUAUUUUACAAUGGAUUUUCCACAAUAGUGGUUUUAUCUUACAUAGCAGGAAUUAUUACAUAGCAGACAGUUUUAUGAACCCAGGUAUCCACUUUGGUGGGAAUGGAACAGUAAAUGAAUCCCAAGGCUUUCUUAAAGACCGUCAGCAACGGAGUUUGCUAAGAAAAGCCCCAUCAAACUAACUGGCUGUCAGUCAUAGAGGUACAGAAACUUCGGUUCCUUUCCAGGAUCUCAAGAAAUGUUAAACUGAUUCGUUUGUUGACAUGUGUACAAGUAAUUUUUAAAGUUUAUUUUUACACUCUUGCUGACUGUAGCCUGUAGAUUAUCAGUGUGUAGUUAGACUCUCUUUCCACUGUGGAUAAAUGAAAUUUCUCAUUAUUACAGAAUCUCCAUCUCAGGGGAAAUGAUACCAGAGAAGUUUGGACUGAGAAAGUGCAAAACCCACAGAAAACCCUGUCUUUCUGUCCUGAAACUGAUUCUGAAACUUUUCUGCAGUGCAGCAUCCUACUCUACUCUGUGAUAAUUACAGUGGCUAAAUUAAUAACUGAUAUCUAAAAAAUCCUACACUGAGUUUUCUGCAAACAGAUGCAUGUAGGAUUGUCAUUAAAACAUCUCAGCACCUAGCAAGCCAAAUGUGAAAGCCACUUUGACCCACUCCCUACAGACACACAGUUGCCAGAAUUUCAGUCUGUGUAUGGUUUGUGAUCGCUUCAUGAUCUCAGAAGGUGUUUCGAACAGUAUGUGAAUACCAUCAUAAAAGCCUUUAGCUAGAAAACUGGAUUAAACAGACACUUAUAGCAGAGAAGGCUAUUUUAAUAUCCCCUGAAAUAACACAAGAAAAAAAAAAUCUAAAUUAAGCUUUUGGUUCCAUCUUAGCCAAAGAAGCACUUCAGAAAAAGAUACAGUCAAAAAAAAAAAAAAAAAAAGAGAACUGAAGAAGAAUUUCUAAGCGAGAGUAUAAUUUGUCUUACUUACCACCACUUGUAUCCCAACGAAAGGUAUUUCUCAAACAAGUGUUGCAAAUUGCUGCACCCCAAAUGAACAGCAACGCUUAGAACACUGUAGCAGCAAUGAUCAGAUGAAAGAGGAAAUGUAAAGAAAGGUAUAUUACACAGAACUAUGCAUAAAAAAUGCAUAGCACAUUGCCUUAUUACAGUGAACUCUGGAGAGUUUAAAGAAAAAUAUGACCAAAAAAUGGCUGCGAUGAAGUAGAGGUGGAAAUCAACAGUUACUGCACAUUUCAAACCCAAGAGAGUUACGCAAGCAGUGUGAAAAAAUAAAUUGCAUGUCCUUCUGUUCCAGUGUCUAAAAGCCUGCUCUAAACAAUUUUGCUCACAUAUUGGUUGUAGUCUAAGUGCAUUAACACAGCACUGUACUGUAGCUAAUUUAUCCUGCUCUUCAAGAGGACUAUUUAUCUUACCUACCAUAUUACCAUGGCUGGAUUGCCUCCGGUACCAAAGCUAGUAACACUGCCAUUGCAGCUCUACACGGGACUUGCUGUGUACUGCAGGCAUGCAUCUUCCCUGCACCCAGGAACUUAACAAUUGCUUGUAAGAAGCAAGGCAGUGUGUUUCAUAUUUUUCUGUUAGGGUUUCAGUUUUCAACCAGGAGUCUCCGAGAGUUCAGUUUAGACCCAUCUUCCUUAACAAUAUUUUAACUCCCUCAAGAAUGUUCCCCAUGUCCUGGCUUCCACCAAACACCUGAAUAUCUCAGCAAUAUGGUACAACCCAUUUCAAACAGCGAUCUCAAAGUCACUUCUUAAAACAUGUUAGAUCCAUGUUCUAACAUUUCAUUAAGUGGAUUUAUAGUGAGAAAUGCAGGGUUAAAGCAGGACAGGGAAGUGCAUUGGUUGCAGAAUACUGAAAGCUAGAUUUUUAACAGUGUGGCUAUUUGGGAAGAUGAGAUAUAUGAAUGACAGGUCAAAGAACCAUGGAAUGGUUUGGAUUUGAAGGGAUCUUAAAGAUCAUCUAGUUCCAACCCCCCCUACCAUACACUAGAUCAGGUUGCCCAAAGCCCCAUCUAGCCUGACUUGGAACUUCUCCAGGGAUGGAGCAUUCACAGCUCUGAGCAACCUGUUCCAGUACCUCACCAUCCUCAUAGUGAUUAAUUUCUUUCUCUUGUCUGUUCUGAGUCUACCCUCUUUCAGUUUAAAGACCUUACAUCUUAUUCUAUCACUACCUGCCCUUGUAAAAUGUCCCUCUCCGGUUUUCCUGUAGACCCUCUUUAGAUAAUGGAAGGCUACUAUAUGAUCUCCCCAGAGCCUUUUCCAGGCUGAAUAAACCCAACUCUCUGAGCUUGUCUUCAUAGGAGAGGUACACCAGCCCUCUGAUCAUCCUCAUGGCCUUCCUCUGGAAUUGCUCCGACAGCUUGUUGUCCUUCAUAGGUUGCGGGACCCAGAGCUGAACACAGUACUCCAGGUGGGGUCUCACAAGUGUGGAGUAGAGGGGACAAUAACCUCCCUUGACCUGCUGGGCACUCAUCGUUUUGAUGCAGCCCAGGAUGUGGUUGGCUUUCUCGGCUGCAAGCGCACGGUGUCAGCUCAUGUUGAGCUUCUUAUCAGCGAACACUCCCAUGUCCUCCUCAGAGCUACUCCCAAUCCAUUCUCCACCCAGCCUUUACUUUUGCUAGGGAUUACCCCAAGCCAUGUUCAGCACCUUGCACUUGGCAUUGUUGAACUUCAUGAAGUUCCUACAAGCCCAUCUCUCAGGCCUGUUUUAAAAAUGGGGGCUAUGUUUUUCCUUUUGCAUCUCAUCAGAUCCCAUGGGCUUGUGCACCCUUAUAUUCCUCAGAUAGUCUUGAACCUAAUCUUCUCUAUAGUGGGAGGUUCUUCAUUCUCCUGGUCCCUGCCUUCGGAUUCUGUGACUUGGGCAGUGUGGCUAGAGCACUUGACAGACUAAAACUGCAUUUCUCUAUACUGACAGGUACCCAGAGAAGACUGCAGUGGAAUUGUUUCAAAACAGUGGCAGCGCAUGAGUCAUAGUGCUUCUUGAAAUUAUUAAGUAUAUCUGGCAUUAGUGCAGCAACAAUCACUUGUAUUUUACUUAUUAAAUAUUUAUCUGUCUGAGUUUUUUUUUUUUAAAUUCAAAAUAGUUUCUUGGUAAAUAACAUCAAUUCUAAUAUUUUUGAGGGCCUUAAGCAAAGUAACCUCUUAACCAACCAGUCAGGACAGAAAAGAUGAAAUUGUACGAGUUCUCUGUGUUUUUGAAAGACUUGACAAAGUUGUUUAGAUUUUGCAAGAUCAAAAUACUUGGGGGUGGAGACAGUUACCUUGUCACAAUAUUAAGUCUGCGUUCAAGCAACUUGCUCCUUUCCUAAGCCUUGCUCUCUCAAAAUACUUUUGUAAAUAACAAAACCCACAAAACACAGGUCCCCAAAGAUUUUCACGCAUUUCUCAUGAGGUAGGCAUAGAAAUAUAUUAAAAACAAAGCUUUCCCUGUUGAAUAAUGCAUACGAUCACUUUCUAUUCAUUCGCACACUUGUGCUUGCUAUCCGAAUGCUGUGUUGGCAGCACAUGACACAACAGCAACUUUACUGUGCCUUACUCAAUGGGUCAUAAUUGAGAUUUUCUUCUACUCCUUCUCAGCGUAGAUGCCAUAUUUAUCCUGUUUAUAUCCCUCUUUCUCCCAGACCUACACUUUCUGAAUUCUGUUCCCUCUUCUCUGUCACUUUCACCCUAAACACUACUGAUUAGGUUUUCCUCUCCCAUCAGAUCACUCUCAUGAAAAGCUACCUUUGGGCCUGUAACUACCUUCCCACUCGGGCCCAGCUAUCUUGACAAACACCAACAUGUCUUUUAAUAUUCCCUGCCUUGUUUUUUAUCCCCUGUUUUGCAGUUCGGAGCCUCUCCUCCCUCCUGGCUCCCUCAGCAGAGGACAGGUCUCUCCCAUAUGUCUCUCCCAGUCCUGAGGAGGAUCUCUACCUCCUGCCAGCAAGCUGCCUCUCUCCUCAGAAAUUUGUUUGGAGUUGCCCUCUUCACCUAUGGAGAAACCUCGUUCUUCCUCUCCUCCUCUACUUUCAGCAUCUCUACUCUGCCUCUCUGCCAGCAGUAUUCCUCAGCUUGCCCAGGCUCUGCUGGAGGCCCCUCAUAUUUGCUCCUCCAAGCUCUUGUUGCUUCCAGGAGCCAUCUCAAAUCAAACCUUACUCAAGGUGCUAAAACACUUUGACAAUUGUUAUGGUAUGUCCUAUUUCCAGCUUGUACAGGAAGCAGACAUUGAAAUCACAGAAGAAAGCGAGCCUGUUCUUCUUGUAUUUCUGGCUGAGGCUGGAAGUGGAGUGCCAGAAAUCCACUGUGGCUAAUCUAUUGUAUAGAGAAGUCUCUUGUAGUUCCUUGCAUUGAGAGUCCAGCAGUGCUUUGUCCUUAGGAGAUUUGUAUCUCAACCUGGAAGAGUCAAAGGUAGCAUCUUCACGGAAACACUGGAAAUUCUGCGUGCAGCACAAAUGGAUCUCAAAGGCCAUAGCAGGAAUUUGGGUACAGCAGGUGAUAUGCCUGGUAACUAAAGGCAACUGAAGUAAAAAACGUGUUUUAAUAUUCAGGCAAUGGCUUGCAUGCAAUGAGAGGCUGUUUCACAGAAGUUUUGAUAACAUCAUCCUUCAAAACAUCUUGCAGGUGACCCUGCACUUCUGUCAUCAAAUUCUUCAGCGGGCAUUUUACAGAGACAGUAUGGAUGCAGAUGUCAGAUUUGAAUGGACUCAAGUUGCAGUCUCACAGAUCUAAUGAAUUUUGUAAUUAAAAUUAAAAUUUAUCCUCCUCUUAAUGAUAUAAAUAAGUUAUCAAUUGAUGGUCUGUUUAUUGGAAAAUUAUAGUUUGAUGAGUAGGUGCGAUUUCCUUUAAGCAGAUGAAAUGUAAGUACAUGGUGCUCAUAAUACUUGGUGUUAAAUGCGAAAAAAAAAAAAAAAAAGGAAAAAAAAAAAAAAAGAAAGCUAGUCGAGAAGCCAAAAGUUGAGACAUUGAUAAAAAUAUUAACUAAAACUUGAAGGGUGUCUCUAGGUCUUGAAGGGGCUCAUAUAUGGGUGAAAUCCUCCAUUUAUUCAGCAUUUAAUAUUUUUGCCUACUGAAUUUUUUACAUCAGUUGACAGAGCCCCCUCAGACUGCCCUUGUCAGUCUGAAUCCUCGUGUAGCCCACUGUUCUGUUCAGUUCUCACAUCACAUUUUUGUGUAAGAGUCUAAGAACAUCCCGUGUAGCCAUGGGAUUAUUGGCCCUAGGUUUUGCAAAAUUUCCCAUGCACACUUAAAACAACAGCGGAGGAUUAUGAGAGCUGGCAGAUACCACAGACAUAACUGUUUUCAGCAGCUACAACAGAUGUUUUAAAAAUAUUUCCUUUUUCAAACCUUCAGUUAGUUCAGGGCUUGUGAAAUGCAGUCCUUCAUGUUGUUUCCUGUCCUCGGUGAAUUCUCUGGGUACAGUGACCUCAGCCCUUCUUGUUCUUCACCUGCCUACAUCACCUUGUAGGUCGCCGCUCCAGGUGAUUUGCAGGGCUGCUGCUUGAAUCUGCUGCUCCUACAGCCAUCCAGCCUUCGGGAAGGCUUCAGAAGAGUUUACGUCGGAAUCACUAUUCCAUUAAAAUGGAACCAAUUCUUGAAAUAUAUUUUAACUCACCAGCAUUUUAUUUCAAAAGGGCACAUGGUUAAGAAGUCCUAUCAGUAUCAAAACAUCAUGAGUUAUUAUUUUAGGAACAAUGAUGAUGUUACUGUCAUUUUACUUUCCUUUUCUCUGUCCUUUACCUUCCUCUCAAACUUGACCUGACCUGGGGUUAAACAAUCAGAAAUGUUGGCCUUGUAACUUAUUUCUCUUACUAAAAGAGCAUUAAUAAGCUGACCUCAGCAAACAAAAGAAAUGGUUGGAGUGGCAAAAGGUGAACAGUGGAACACAUGUGAUCUUUACUGAUUCAUUUAUACCCAUAUCUGCUUGCAGCACAAUUGGCCACACAUCAACAAGACAGAAGUUUUCUUUUCUCUCCACUCACUUCCCUACUCUGUUUACCUAAGCAGCGGGAGUCAUCUUAGCAGUUGGUAGUGAGAUAAGAUACAGAAUCUAAUUCAUCUUCUUGUCCCUCAGGAAAGACUACUGGCAGUUUUUGAACAAAUGUCUUAUUCUGGCCAUGAUACUCUGAAUGUAAAUUUGGGAAGAAGAAUUUCUCCAAAUAAUUACAAUUUAAAUGCUGAAUCCCAAGUAUAUUUAUUUUCUUAGCUUUUUUUUUUUUUUUUCUGAUGUGAGUUGAAUACAUGCUUUAAGAAAUUUCUUUUUCCGUGGUUGCUAUGGUAAAAAGCAGGCCCCAGUCCUUUUACUUAAAACCCAUGAACUGCAAUUAACCGUUUAAUGUUGUAACGUACAACAGCUCUAGUAACACCUUAACAGCUUUAAGCAUGAUACUCCCAUCAUCUCAGCAGAUGGUGAUUUUUGGCAUUCUGUGUUUUCAGUUUGUUCUUCUCCUUUAUAAUCCUUGCCAUUAUAUCUUUUGAAAAAUACUCCUGGACUAACUUAAUUGCAAUUAUAUUAGACUGAGGCACACCUUGGAUCUUUCUGUAUUUCUAUUAAAGAUGACUAAUAAAAAAAAAGAAGUCGCAUGUGAAUCUUUGGCAGUAAUUAUAAAAGCAGAUUUUAAACUACAUUAAGAAUCUGUUUCUUCUCAUCCGCAACCAUAAAAGUACAGUCUUGAAAUACCCUCUGUAUACUCCAGGAGGUCUACACAUCAACAGCUGAGGAGACAUAAUUGAUUCUUUUGUGAAGAAAGAGCCACCCUGAAUGUUUCUCAAGAGUCUGAAUUAAACGAGAGUUACCAAAUACAACUUGUUUUAAUAAGGGGAGUUGCCCUUUAGUAUUAUUUCUGUGGAGCUGGAGACGAAAUGCCCCAUGAAUUUUGCUCAUUGUUUUAAAGAUUUAUGGCUUGCAUAAAUCUGUUUUAAUAUGGAGAUUUAACCAUAUUUAGAAAAAAAGUUGUCAAUGUCCAGACAUUAUCAAGAACAAGAUUGUCUGGUAAAAUUGCUUUUAAACUGCACUCUUUCUCCCAUAUUUGUAUUCAAUUUCCACCAUAUAUUCACUUUUUUUCCCAGAUAGAAAUGUAUUCUUUGGUUUUAAAAUCAGAAAUGUUCUUCAUUUUGCUCCUUGAAGGGAUUUCACAUAUUAAGCAGUCAAGGUACUCCAGGUGUAGACACUGUUUUACAUUGUGCAAUAUAGGACCAAAUAAAGGCUUUGUGUUUUUUGGUACCUUCAACAACAGCAGCAUUUUGUCCUAUUUUGGAAAAGAAAACAAUGCAGAAAAAGGAAAAAGAACAGUUUUUCCAGAGUCAUGGUGUGAUAAUUUUGCAGCUUCAGGUUUUAAAAUACAAAUGUUUCCUUCACAGCUCUUUCCUGGCUGACUCCAGGUUUCUAUGAUUAUUAUUUAUUCAGUGCUGAUAGUAUGUUUGACAUUGUGCAAAUAUAGAAAGAGAUAUUCAUGUGGACUCUCUGCCAGGAUUCCCUAGUUGUCAGUGGCAGUGUUAGCCUCUUUAAGCAAAAGCUUGAGGCUGUCUUUAAAAUGGAGAUGUGUAACCAUCCCUCCAACAUGCAGCUAUGGGAAACACUGCUCAGAUGCACCCAGCAAAGCCUUAGGAGAAUGGACCCAGUGGUGUUUAGUUUAGCUAGGACAACAGCAGCAUGAGAUAGCUCUGACUGGUCAAGUGUCUAACAAGAGACAGUCUUGAUAGUUUCAAAAGCUGGAAUUGUUUUAUGGAAAGGUAAGUGGGAGAAUCAAUCCUCCUGAUUUAACACCUAAAGAAUCGAACAAAGACUGUUUGCCUGAGUGUUUCAUGCUUCCUUUUCAAACCUCGUGUAUUCUGUGAAGUCCAUAAACUUCCUUAUAACUUGCCUGUGUGAUCUACUAACAGCCCUUGUGCUUAGUUCACCCUUGCAGUGAUGUUGGUGUCCCUCAGACUGCUACUGCUACUGGCUUUGUCAGAAGCAGUAUCUUCCCAAUGGUAGCAGUGAAAGACUUUGUCAAGAACGAAUACCUCAUGUUAGUGGCAUUUGACCAAAAAAAACCCCACAAAAUCCAAAUCCAUAACCCAAAAAACACACACAUUCAUUAGGGCAACACAUUCAUUAGGGCAACACAAGUCACAUACAGGAGUCAGUAUCAAAAAGCCACACUUCUAGAAAUUAAUAUUUUACGGAAGCAGCCAAAGCAAAAAGACUCAUUAAAAAUACACAAACCUUUGAGGUUCUGAAAGCUGAAGUCAAAUGUAUUGAGCUCAGUCCAAAGCUAUGAAGAAAAUUAAAGAGCGAUAUAUCAAAUCUAAUGAAUAAAUUGCAGAUCCUGAGUUAGACUUUUUUUUUUCUUUUUCUUUCUUUUUGCAAGGGAAAGAGAGCCCUCACAUUUCAUUGCACUCCAAAGAGGCUUCCCUCUGCUUAUAAGCAAUUUGUACAUGGAGCAAGAUGUCUGGUUUACACUCAGAAGAAAAGUUUAAUUAAUUCUCAUUUUACAAAUCCUCCACAAUAUUUAUUCAGAAGAUUGGCAAAUUCCAGAAAGUUCACCCAUCCCUGAAAGAGAAGUUUUGUAAACAAAUCUGGCAACAAAUUUGUAUUAACAGCAGCAGCCCUGCUAAUCUGUCAAGACGUAGUUUGUUUCUGACACUCGAUUAAAUUCUUUUUUGCUAAAGAAUAGAAAGUAAUUUGCUACAAACAAGCCAUUUAGCUGGGACAUGGUGAGUGCCCCUCUGAAACUUCACAGGGCAUUUAAUUCAUUUCAGCAGAAAACAAGUAAUAAUAUGCUUAGCACAAUUCUUUUUUUCCUUUUUCCAAAACAGAAGCAAGGCUGAAUUGCUGUAUUGACAAAGAGCAACAAUGUCAGAGAUUUCAAGGUCUGUAAACCCCAUUUACGAUACAUCCCACGACCUAAACCAGCAUCAGUCCACAUCCUUUGGACACAAAUGAAGGAAGUGUUUUAGGCUGUGGUUCCGCGGGCGCUUUCUUGCCCAGACCCUCCAUGUCCUGGCCACUCCUUCCUGGGCACGGCAUCCUCAGUUCUUAUCCAGAAUCAAUUCAGAGAUCCAGUUCCCCAGGUCUCAGUGGAGCUGAAUGGUUAGAAAAAUCUGCCCUUAGUGUCAGCUGAGAUAAAAGAUACAUGUAUGGACAUUACUGCUCUUUACCAUUGUCGAACCAACCAGACGGACCGCCUGGUGUGUGAACACUUUGGGGUGUCAGUUUCUUCACUCUAAAAAUGAUUUGGCAUUUCAUCUCACUGCUUCCUCUUAGGAUGGGAAAAUAAUUUGUGAAUUUAUUUUAUGUCAUAGCUUUCAUAAAGCUGUGUGUAGCCUGGGGUAGAGGCUCAGCUGGUGCAAAUGUCAGCAGAGCCACAACAGCUCACACCAGCGAUGAAGCUGUCCAACCUUCCUGCCACGUCCCCUGCUCCUUCAAACUAAAAGGCUGAUCCAGAUCCCAGUGAAGUCAGUCAGAGCUUUCUGUGCUGGAUCCGGCUAUGGACAAGUGCACAGCCACUUAAGUACAGCACUUAAGAUAUUGGGCUAGUGUUAGUAAUCUUUUUCUGCCUACUACAACACCCAGACUGCCUGAGCUAGCCUUUGUCUCAGGCAAAAGCCUAAGGAAAUUGGCUGGGUUUGUGUUGCAUCUGAAAGGUCACUCUGUAUCCCCGUGGACCAGGAGGUAUGGGGGAACUCCAGAAUUUGCAGCCAGCUUUUCAUUUACUUCUGGAAGUUGUCAGCUUAGAUAUUUUAGCUAAUCUUAGUCAUGGAGGAGUGAGAUGAUAAAAGUGAGGGCUUUAGAGCAUCGCAUUUACAGGUGCUUUAAAACAUAUUUAUAAACAUCUGCCAUUCUUGCUUUUCAAGUUCUUUUUUAAAUGGAAUCUUUAAUGUAUAUUUAUGGACAAUCAGGGCACUGCUGGUAUUUGCUUCUUCUCUAAUACCACGUGUAAGGACUUUGCUAAGUGACCUUCCCUGUGAAGCAAAGAAAAUACACCUAAGAUCCCAGCAAAGUUUGACUUUACACAGGAAAUUCAUUCACUAUUAUUACUGUGAAGCUCUUUAGUACUUAAAUAAUUCCUCAUUUGGGACAACCUAUGGCAUAUUUUUUUUUUUUUUCCAAUCAGCAUAGGAGAGGAGAAAUCCCCUGUAAGGAUUUAUACUUGACAGUGUGAAAUAAUUUAUGAAAUAUAAGCAAAUCUAUUUGGCAGCUUCUUGCUUAAUUGGGGUUCAUGCUAUUUGAAAGAAGAUGGAGUUGUAGCUAUCUCAAAUGUGCUAAAUUUUCUCAGGUUGAAAAAUAUUAUUCUUUCAAGCUAUUGACUCUGACUCCCUCUGUGAUUUAAGCCUUUUUUUUACAUGCUUAGUGGGCAGCGUCACAGCUACAAGCAAUAACAUACCAAUUAACUCAGAGGUACUGAUGGGACAGCUAAGUAGUUUUAAGUCAACAUAUAUAAACAUUAUGUUACUGGCUUGAAAAUCUGGACAUUGUUUGCAGCUGGAAGAUUUGAUUGCUUAAUUGAUUCUGAAUUUCAAAUUGCUUUUGCACAUCAACCACUGGUUUGAAUCUGCUCCAGAUGGGCAAUGACUGGAAGUUGUUAUAAUCUGGCAUGUAUUUGGUAGCAUAGAUAAGUGAGUUGACGGCCUCAUUAAAAGUAUCUCAGACAUAUGCACUGAUUAAAAAACCCCUCAUCACUGGCUCAGCAGGGGCUUGGCGGAGGGGAGCUGAAAUGCUCUCUCACCCCUAAGGGCUCUUUCUGGCGUGACAAUGGACAGAAGUUUCUUAUACUGCUGCCCACAGAGGUGAUUGUAAAAUAUGUUAUAGUCCAGUGUGUCUGCGUAUCAGGGAAUGCAAUAUGGGAUGGAACAGUGUUUGUUUUCACUGCAGUCAAUGGGAAAAUACAGCACAUCACAUCCUAAAGAACGGGGUUAAAUGUGGUCACGUUGAUUGUGCCCUGGUAAUGCCUCUUUGUUUUCCAAAGAAGCCUGGCGUGACCAUAUAGCACGUCUGUGUGCAUAACAGGUCUGUGUUUCAUUCAGCUCAAGGCAGGUGAGCUAAAUCUGAUCCUGAACAACUUCUUGUCAAUCUGAGUGCUAGUUGCUAUAAUAAUAGACAAGUACGUUUGCACUUUUUUUCACAAGCUCUGAACUAAUGUGAACACGUUCUCUUCUCCAAAGCACUAUGAUUCAAUUCCCACAACAUACUCUUUUUGUUUGUUUGUUUGUUCGUUUGCUUAAAUGAGAGAAUGAAUGAAUGAAUGAAUGAAUGGCAAGUUUGGCAAAAACACUGACCAAGCUGACAUCCCUGGCACGUUUUUAAUAUGCUUUGUAACCCUGCCUACAGGAACUCAAUGGCUUUCUCUGUAGACAGCUGGAUUUCUGUGUGGCACUAGAUGGCAAUAUUCCCUCAGCUCCAGCAGUGGUCAGGGGAGUGAUGCACAGCAAAGGGACACAUUCUGACCUUGUUGCCUUAUUAUCACCCACAUGGCUUGUAGGUUUUGUGUCACUCAUGGCAGUCUGAGCUGCAGAGAUUUUUCAUCUCUCUGUAUAUUCCCCCACCUAUCUUUAUAGCUUCACAGUUCUCUGUCAAAUCAUUUGUUGGAAAGCUAUGUUUACGGCAUGGGCUCUUCCAUUUCAUUAAGAAAGCUUUUGUGUUCUCAGGCAAUUUCAUGAUGUUUGUGCUCAGAUCCACAGGGAAGAAGUAUCUGCGUCUGGAGUACUGCACUGCUUUCUGCUGCCUUCUGCCUAUUGAUGUGGUGAUAGACUCAGUCAGGUCAUUACUCAGAUGCAGUAUUGCCUCAUUCCACUCAUUGGUGGCUCAUUUUUUUUCACUUGCGUUUGUUCUCAGAUAAAAUAAGCAUCAUGUGAACUCAGCGACCAUAAAACGUGCUUCUGUAUCUGUACCCAGAUGCAUUUGGCCCUAUCCUUGUUUGAUAUCACUAAAGGUUUUUUUUCUGAUCUCAAAGCCCACAGGCAGCAAGGAUCAGAGCCAGCUAUGAAUAUUGCAUUACCUUCUUUGUGUAGCUGAGACUGUGUUUGUCUUCAGGACACUCUUUUUCAGACCCAGAUCUAUUGAAAUAGCACUUCACAUUUCCCCCACCACAUAAUCCUUUUCCCAGAUGACAAACUUACUACUGUGCUGCCACAGCUCUGCCCAGGGAGGUGCUUGAGUCACUGUCCCUGGAGGUGAUCAAGAAACAUUUAGAUGUGCUAAGGGACAUGGUUUAGUGGGGAAACAUUGGUGGUAGGCGGACAGUUGGACUGAAUGAUCUUGCAAGUCUUUUCCAACCUUGGUGAUCCUAUGAUUCUAUGAUUCUAAGAUCCUAAACCCAUAUCCGCUGCCUCCCUUAUCCUCUGAUUGCACAUCUCCAUGUCCUCAGAUCAGCACUCACCUUUGCAUGUUCUGUUUUCUUCUUUCUUCCACUCUUCAACUUUCCCUGAACUUCCUCUGCUAUUUCCCUUUACCAUCAAACAUGCUAUAGCCUCUGCUUCAGUCCUCUACCUCAUAAGUCUUUGUCCUCGUGUUCUCGUGCCACAUAGCUGAGAAGAUCAUGGUGCUACUAUGGUGGUAUUGCUGAGCACAAGAAUGGUGAUGGUAGGACUGAGGCUAUGCACCCUGCAGCUGAUGUGCAGUAAUAUGAUGGAGAGAGAAGCUGACAGGAUCACCAGGAGCACAGAGCCUUGAAUAAGUCACUGCACUUACUUCAGACCCCUCAUCAAAGAGCACUGUCUCUCUGUGCCUCUGCUGUGAAGUAGUGAACUGUCCUCAGCCCUCCUGUUCCAAAGAUGGAGGAACUUAACUUAAAGAAACUGCCCCCCUCUGAGUGACACUCCACCACGUGAGCCCCUGCCCUGUGCCCAGCUGUACUCUUUUCUCUUAAUUCCAUACACUUUUUGAAAGCAGUGAAUAUAAAAAUAUUUUAUUUGUGCAAAAAAUGCAAAGUCAUUUUUGCUGAAUAUGAUCAAUCCCUUUUGCUGAAUAAAAUAGACAGAAUGGAGUGUGGUUUGCGAUGCAAAGGCCUGUUUAAACAAUUCUUGGUGGUAUAUUGAAGUAUAUGCCAAAGUGAAGUGCAUCACGUUAUGUACAUAGAAACCUCAGAGUUUCUGCACCCAUAUUUGCCCAGAGCAUUCUUUCCUGUUGCAUUUGCAUCAUUUGCUACUUCAAGUCCUUGUUUAUAUAUUUACCAAUCAUCCCAGGUGGCCAGGCAAUCACAAUAACAGACAUAUUUGUAAUCUGCAGUAAAUACUGUAUCCCAAGGUACAGGGUUUCACCACGAGCUCAGGCCCCAGUCCAAUUUUCGGCACUCAGGAGACUUCAUUGACCUCAGUGCAUUUUUCACUGAAUCUUAACAUAUAGGAAUUUAAAGGCAACUCACAUGAUUAAAAUUCAAGUAACAUACAUGGUUGGCAUGGACAAGAGGUAGCAUUUACUGCAGGUUUUAGAUGUUCUAAACCACCGUGUCUUUUUGAUCUUGAACCACAGAACACGAAGUAGUUUCUGGUAACAUCUAUUUUUGCUCAACUGAGUAAAUAAUGAAGCUUGUGUUUCACCAACUUUAAUGUUUUGUUGAAACAAACAAACAGCACAAGCUUCUUUAAGGGAAAAACAUUUUGCAACAAUAUGCUGUUUAAAGUUGUGGUAUCUUACAGUUGGCACCACUGAACUUAGCACUCCUCUGGACUUUCUGCGGGGCCCUGGAGAAGUCACUCGACUUCUCUGUAGGGAGAACUCAGUUAUGUGGGUGUGGAUGGGGCCCUGGGCAACCUGAUCCAGUGCUUCAUGUAGCAGUUUACAACCCUGGCCAUGGCAGUGGGGUUGGAACUAGGUGGUUUCUGAGGUCCUUUCCAACCCAAGCCAUCCUAUGAUUCUAUGAUAUGUUCCUGUGUUUACUGAACUAAUUUCAGUGUCUUAUCAAUGCUUGUAAAUAUCUCGAGAGCAGGUGUCAAAUAGAUGAGGCCAGGCUCUUUUCAGCCUAGCAAAAGAACAAGGGGUGAUGGGCACAAAUGGGAGCUGCCCAGAGAGUUCAUGGAGUCUCCUCUGAAGAUACUGAAUACCUACGUGGACAUUUUCCUGUGCAACCUACUGCAGGGAACCUGCUUUAGAAGGGGGUUGGACUAGAUGAUCUCCAGAGGUUCCUGCUAACCCCUAUGAUUAUGAGAUUCUGUGACCCACAGUCUACCUUCAUCCACAUUUGUCAUUACAACAGGAAGGAAGGCAGAGGCUGAGCAGGCAGGAUGGAGUGGAGGAAAUGGGAAGGAUUAGAACUGUGUCAAUGCCUUAGCGUCCCCUAAAGUGAGUGCUCAAAUUAUGGAAUAAGUAGGAAAUGUCAGACUCCUGGGAUUCAUUUUUCUUUUGCAAAUGUUCUUAUCCAUAAGGUGUAUAACCAAUGGAGCAAUGAGAUGACUUGUUUUCAGUUCUGACAACAACUGUGUUUUCAGGCUUCUGUGUGAACUUACUCAGAUUUAAGGCUGUCCUUUACUUAAACCCAGAUCCUAUAAAAGUCCUUGAUGUGUUGGAAGUGCUUCUUAUUAACAGACACCUAAGUUAAUUAUCAAGAUGAGUUGCAGGUUGACGUGUCCACAAGUCAGUGCUAGAGAAUAGAUGGCCCAGAUAUCUGUCUGGGACUUUUUUACAUAAUUGCAUGGGAUCGGUUACUAAACUUGCUAAGCUGGGAUCAUGAGAUUAAGAUAGCCUGGAUACUCGUGGCUUUUAGCUUGCUCUUGUUACUCACAAAUAGUACAGAGGAAGCUUUUAGCUGAGAAAUCAAAUGAAAUGGUGCGUAAGUUUUUGGUGUAGGAUGCUGAGGUACUCUUUUAAUAUUUUAGGAAAGGUUACCAAGGCAGCAGAUGGAGAAGCUGUACUGUUUAAAGAGAGAGGAUAGGAAAAUAAAAGCUGACAAUCUGAGUAAUUUGAUUGGUGAAAUACCAAUAAAUACCCUUGACCUGAAGUUGGAUCGGGGUGGGAAAAUUCUCAUUAAGCUGCUCAAUUCUUAGUGGGUGUUUAUCGCAGUAAGAGCAGAAUGCCUCCUUUCCUGUGGGUUGGCUACACAAAAGAGAGCCGCUGCUCUGGCUGAAAUAGCCAUUAAUGAGAAAAUUAUGUCUUGAACCUCUGAUGUAUUCGAAAAGCGAGAGAACAGUUUUUCCUCUUAGCAGACUAGAAGUCUGUUGAAAAUUAAGUGCAUAGAAAAAAAAGAGUCCUGAAGCUGCACAUGUUGUUAUGCAAGGAGGCUGCUUCUCUGAUGCCGGCCUAUGUUAAAAUCCCUCCUUUUCUUGAGGACAGGCAGUUGGAAGUUUGCACGUCAGAUUUUGCUCUUUUCUACCUGAUAUCUUCACUUUCCAUGUGCUUUAUCUCUGCAUCCCAGCCUAAGAUGGGAGCAGUCCCUCGCAUGCUGAUCCGUUGGUCUUUCCUCUGAACCAAAGACCCUUAAUUUCUUGAAAGGUGUAGCGCCUUCCUCUCCAUUUUACCUGAUACUCCAGAAGACAUUUUUUUCAGAAAUGUGUUUUUUCAGCAGUGCUCUAAAAUACCCAGGUUUCAAAUCGUCUUGAAAAACAAAGAAUGAUUAAAACCCCAGCUCCUUCCUUGACCUUUUCAUGUGCUCCAAUUAAUUUUUCCCUCCCUCUGCUUUGCCUGCAAACUCCCUGGCUGCACUCUCGCCUGCACUGCCCUGACCUCUUUUCAUCUGGCUGCUUCAUACCCCCACAGAUUUCAUCCCUGUCCUUCCUGCAGCAGCAGAGCUCAUUGCCAGCGGGCUCCUCCUGCCUUGCUCACCUUUUCUAACUCAUCUCUUCCUCAGCACCUCUAUAUUUGCCAAUAUGGAUAUACUUGUUGAUGUUAUUUGUUUUUCUCACAGUUCGGGGCUCUCUUAACUCUGGCAUCUUUCUCACAUUCCUCACAACCUGACAGGACAGAUCAGGGAACCACGGAAACCAUCUCAGCAGGGGAAUACAAAAAAGAGAGGCCAAGGGAGGUACUGAGAGGUACUGACAGUGCCCGAAGGAGGAAGAAAGAGCCAGAGCCCUUUCUGCUCACAGGCACUCCUCCCGCAGCUGCCCUUUGCCCCCUCCUCACUUGCUCUGUGCCUCCCCCGUCUCCCUGGUCACCACUGUGGGAUCUUUUCACAACAUGCUUGAACCAGGAGGCUUAUCAGGGAAUACCUGGAAGCCCUGGAGACAGAUUUAGAGAAAAAACAUAUUAACUGUUCCAUUGGGAAUUCAUGCAGCACCAGAAAGUUGUUGCACUUCCAGGAGAAGUUGGGGAGGGCUGGGCAAUGAUCUGGUAUGUAAAGGAACAGGUCAGAUUUUUUUUUCCUGUAUUAAUAUCUUAUCAGCAUAAUUAGGUCAUUUGAGGGUGAGGUUUUCCAUAUAUAUACAUAUGUAUUGCUAAUAUAGUAUCUAGGCCCACAUUUCCCAGGGCAGUGGAAGAUUAGCUUCCUCAGUAAUGGCUUGGUGCAGCGUGUGCUUCCAGGUGACAUAGUGUGGCCACAUUUGCUUGUAGGCCAAGCCCAUAUCUGGACUCAGCAGGCACUAGAAGCAUAGCUCAACCUCCAAAUGGAUGUUUCUUACAAUUCCCUGAAGCAGUAUCACCGGAACAGCCACAGCAUCAUGCAGAACCCUCCAGAGGUAUGUAUAGAGGCUCACAGUUCGGUUUCUCUGUGGUUUCUCCAGAGCUGUGAAAAACCUGAAUCACUAGCUCCUACUUCACAGAGCAGGUAAGCUUGUGUGGAGAUACUUGAGAACUAACUGACGAAUUCCUGAGCAAGUGGAUCUAACUGGGCCUGUUUUGGGCAGGGUGUUUGACUAGGUGACCUCCAGAAGUCCCUUCCAACCUAAAUUAUUCUGUGAGUUGAUAAUGAUGCACUUAUAUAUUACAUCCAGUUCCACCAGUUCCAUUAUUAGUACCACCUCUAUAACAUGCUUCACCAAAAAUGCUAGGACUGCCCUUAGGUCAAGAAAGUACAAGUUGCACAGGUAUACUGUGGGCUUGCUGUCUAAAUGCCCAAUCCAAGGGAUCGGUGCACUUUGCAUGGUGGUCCACGCUGUUCCUGAGACAGCUAUGGCAAAGUUGACUUUGUCGCGUGUGUGUGCUGCAGUCUCACCUCCAGGUAUGCAGUGCGUGUGCCGAGUAAUUCUCUGGUACCUGGUGAAAUGAGAAAAAAUCAGGUUUCUGGUGUAAGAAAGAAAGUGUGAAUAUUUGAUCCUGGUCUCUGGAGAGAGCACCUCAUUUGCCAGAACUAUGAAAACAGUGCAGUAUUUCCACAUUUAGAACUUCCUAGAUUCUUUUCAUAAUGCUUCAGUUAAUACGAUCACUGCAGUGAAAGGAUUAUUCAUGACCGUUUUCUCAAGUGUGGCCCGGGUCUGUGGCUGGAGUGUGAGCAAGGAGCAGUUCCCUGACAAGCAAACAAGCUGACGGUGUUUAGAAACUCCCUUAGAGACAUGGUCCUUUGUUUCAUUUCUCACACCACAUGACAAAGAGUUAGAAUUUAGGUGGAGCUGAUCGUAAAGGAGGGAAAACAUACCAUGGCCUUCCUUCAGUUGGCAUCCUGAGGACACGAAGGACAGGGUUGUAAAGACAAUGAAGAGAACGUUCCUCCUCUUCUUUUUGCUGGGAGUCGUAUCUGAUUACAGCAGUGGUUACAGCAGUGUAAUGAAGAGAAUAUGACCCCUCACAAGACUUUUUUUCUGGAAGAGGCACUUCAGUGUGCAAUAGCUGCUGCUCAUUGUGACAGCGUUGGAGUGGGAAAGGAGGGAGAAGAACCCCACUGCUUAGGGGCUUACCUACAACAAGGACCAUUGAAGAAAAUGCACCAGCUGGUGUUUCCAUUUAUACCUUCAACGUAACUGGUUCUCCAUUGUCUUCUGGAGUUGUUGCAAUACAUCCUACCAUAGUAAAUUCAAAUCCACUAACGGAAGCAUUUGCUAUUGUACCUGCAGGAGAUCUUGUGUACAGGGUUGUUACCACUGGAAACCCUAUCCUAGAUUAUGAAACUAUGCCAAAGUGCUUUGAUUUACAGAUUUUUGUUGAAGAUACUGCUGGGAGGACUGACCUCAAAACACUGACUGUCCAAGUAGCAGAUAAGAAUGAACGUCCUGUGUUUUGGGGAAAUAUGGCAACUCAAACUGUAAGGAUCUAUGUCUUGGAAGGAACGCCUCCUGGACUCAUCUACAGAGUCAAUGCAACCGAUCCUGAAAAUGGUGAACUCAAAUAUUCAUCACUCCCUGAAUCAGUGCCAUUCCAGGUCUUGGAAAAUGGAGACAUUAUUUCAAGAAAAAAAAUAGAUUAUGAGAAGGAUCCACACUGCUAUUUUUUAAAUAUAACAGUGACAGAUCCAGAAGGACUAAACUCUACGAGAACAGUGAAUAUAAAUAUAAUUAACAUCGAUGAUGAAAGCCCUUACUUUACCACAAAACAAAGGAUCUACAGGAUUCCCGAGGAACAAAGCCCAGGAACUGUUGUUGCCAAUAUAACAGCUAAAGAUCCUGAUGAUGAAGACUCUCCUAGCAGACUUUUCUACAGCAUCCAGUCUUCUGACACGUAUUUCUCCAUAAAUCCAUCAACUGGAGUGCUGCAGGUGACCGGGAGAAUCGACCGCGAUGUCCUUCCCCUGCAGCUCCAUCCCAAUAUCUCCGUGAUAGUCCGGGUGGAGGACAGUCCUCAUGGGGGGCACUCCAGUGAAAUGGAGAUUACAGUUAUCAUUGGAGAUAUCAAUGACAACCCACCAGAAUGCAAUCCCUCCACCUUCAGGAAAGAGAUAAAUGAAAAUUCUACUGCUGAGAUAGUUCUUCUUGAUCUCAGAAACAGCUGUAAAGAUAUUGAUGCUGAUCCACCAAACAAUCUAUUUCGUUUCACUGGAUUAUCCGGUUUUGGAAGCAACAACUUUGCUCUGGAGUCUGCUGAGUCCGGACGACUUGUGAAUCCCCGCCAGCUGCUGGACAUGUGCAUUGUCGGUUGCUUUGUUGCUUUAAAAAGAACCACAGACAAAUAUAGAAAAAAAGAAACCCCACGAAUUGCAAUGGCUGAAAGUAUUGAUUUAGAAAAUCCAUCUAAUCCAGGAGUUGAAGUUUAUUCUUUGACUGUCAGAGUGCAAGAUAUCGCCUCUCCUGACUACUCAAAUACCAUUUACAUUUAUAUCAGGAUAAAGCCAGUGAAUGAAUUUUUUCCAGUCUUCAGUAGUCUAUCAUAUGAAUUUAACGUUCCAGAAAUUACUAAAGUUGGAUCCAGUAUUGGAAAAGUGACUGCCAGCGAUGCCGACCGGCCGCCCAGUGUCAUCACUUAUUCCAUUAUAGCUGGAGGAGGGACCAAGGAUUACACAAACGCAUUCUGGAUCAACCCAAUUAAUGGAGAUGUGAAAAUUUUAGCAAGAUUAGACUAUGAAACAACUCAGAAACACUUUUUCACAGUGCAAGCCUCAGACCAAGAGAAGACUGCAACAGCAUCUGUAACUGUCAAUGUUUUGGAAGUAAAUGAUGAAGAACCCGUUUGUUCACCCAAAUUCUAUUCAUUUCAAAUCCCAGUCAGUUUAGCAGCUGGGACCAAUGUCAAUGGCUUCAGGAUUCAAUGUCAAGACCGUGAUUCUGAUCCCAGGUCUUUCCGUUACUUCAUUGAAGAAGGCAAUGUGAACAAUCAUUUUACCUUUUCGCCAGUGGCUGGCUCCAACACAUCUCAGCUGAUUCUUGCAUCUCCCUUUGACUAUGAGAGUGGGCUUGAUACGAAAUGGAUUUACAGACUGCGUGUCUACAUAACAGAUGACAAUUUACUGUCUGCCAAGAACAAGGCUACACACCUAGUUAAAACUGGAACAGUGACUUUAAGCAUCAGAGUUAUCCCAAACCCAACAACUGUCACUACCACGACGCCCGGCUUUACAGUGGUGACGAAGAGGGAGAACCUCUACUUGGACUCGGCGUGGUAUGUGCCAUUUGUCACCACGCUGGGCAGCCUGCUGCUCCUGGGGCUGCUGGGGCACCUGGGAGUCCUCCUGGCCAGGUGGCUCUGUGCCCGCUGCCCACCUGCACCUCGAGCCGACAGCACACCUCUGAUAAACGCUCCAGAUAAGAAGAAACCUAAGAAAGAAGUGGCUUUGGAAAUGAUAAAACUCAGCACUGUCUUUGAUGGAGAAGCCAGAGACCCAGUCACUGGCAAAAUGUACGAAUUCAAUACCCAGUCAGGGGCCCGGCGGUGGAAGAAGAGCAAUGAGUCCCUUCGGCCCACUGCAGCCAUGCAAGUAAUGUCAAGUUCCACAGGCAAUAGUGGCCAAGAGACAGACAGAGCAGAGGUGCCAAUCAAAAAAGAGACUUCAGAGAAGAGGGAAGAGCCAAGAGAAGUUGCCAGGCCCUCAGCUGGGCCAUCUCAAGCACCAGGCCAGGAUAGAGUGAAGGUACCGAAGUGGAAAGAGGAGCCUGAGGACAGGGAGUUACCCUCAACAGCCCAGCAGCCCAGACACUGACUCUUCUCCCUGAAUGAAUGCUGCACUUGGUUACACCAGGCCUAAAGCUUUCUCCUUGUUUCAGCUGCAGAACAUCAGGUGGCCUCUGCUGUGGACGUGAGGGCAGGAUAAAGCUGGGCUUAACAUUGACAUAUGUGGGUAAGACUGGGAGAGAAGGGAAGGAACAGGGCAGUGACUGUGAUCUGGGAGAAUGCAGCCCCUGCUUUUCCAUGUGCAGAGACAGUUUCCGCAGGCAGUGGGGGUUGCUUACAAGAAAGGGAGGGUGUGGAAGAGUGAGAAAAAGAACCUAAAGCACCAUUAUGUACAGAAGCAUCUGCUGCCCCUUGGGCUGUAGCCCCUGGCAGCUUCCUUCUGGGAGAGCUCCAUGCCCCCAGACCAACAUGGCCAUGUCCACGGAUCACUUUCAGGGAGGGCAAUGUGCACAUGGACCCAGUGAACGGGGCCAGGAGUGCAGCUGCGUGGAGAGCCGAGAGUGAGGUUGGCUUGCUUCUCCUGUCCCUGCUGAGUCUGAAAAGCAGAGUGGGUGAAAAGCAGAUUAGAGUUGAAAAGUUUGCUAGUAACAGCUAGAAAUAUUUUCGUUCAGUGUUUUAUUUCAUCCUUCCCUCUCAGCCAGACUUGCCAUAGAAAAGAACAUAGCUUGAAAGCAGUUUUGGAGUGGAGACAACCCACAUCUUGUCAUGGCAACUCAGGGCCUCAUGUCAACAUUUUCAGCUUAUUUCUCUUUUGUACCACGAGCGGCAUUCAAUAUCUUCACCUUUGGUGUUUCCUUUGGCACAUUCAGUGUUUUACACAAUCAAGUGGAGCAGACUUAAAAGAAUAAUUACAGUAAACACAUGUGGUGAAAUAAUCUUUUCCAAGUGUGAGUGUGUAUAAUGUAAGUGCUGUCUAGGAACCUGAUAUAAAACAAUCAAACACUGCAAGAUUUCAGAACAUUAUUUUAAUUGGAAGAAAAGUAAUUAUAAAUGAUUACUUAAUUCUCA